UUUGGUUCGGAUAGCUUCCCGAGUGGGAGCAAAAACACGCUUACAUACUUCAAACUCAUUUCAACAUGCUAUCCGUUAUUAAUCAUGAGAAGGGUGUGACGAGUAUUUGAACUGAAAGUAUCUUCUCUGAUCGUAAAAUGGAAACUUUAAUUCGAAGUUAUAAACGUUUCGACGACAAGCUAUUCCGAAGUUUAACUGAUAAUGCCAUACAACACAGAAAGAAUGCUGGGCUGGGAUUAUGGCUAGCACCAUUAGUAGGGCUGAGCGUAGCAAUUACGCUCCUGAGAAAAGACAGUAGCUAUUCCGAAAUUUGCUUACUUACAGGAAUAGCUGGAAUAGGUCUUAUGAUGAGCUGCCUGUGCCUUUGUAUUCGUUUAUCUGUGAAAACAACUGCUAUCAAAGACUUUGAAGUUUUAUACUUCCUCCCAGCAAUGUUGACCUCUGUAUUGUUUUUACUCUUUGGAAACAAAGGAUUACUAGUAAGCGUUACCUGGGGACUAGCUGUGGGAACUAUAGGCACAUGGGGUGUCCUACAGACAAUUUCGUAUUUUCCUGGCUGUUUUACGUUUGGAGAAGCAUCAGCAGUAGCACAAACAGCUAUUGUUUUUUUACUUUCCGCAGCUGUGAAUCUUCCUUUGAGAUAUCACCUGCCUCCUAUUCACAAUGAUGACAUUGCCACCGUCAUACUCCAAGUAGCUAUUUUGUUCGUUGCAACAAUUGGGCUGCUUUGUGCUGCAUUUCCACAAAUACGCACACCGAUGUGGUUUUACCUAACAACAUUUGGUGUUUUGUUGUUUGGGGCCGUUCCAAUUUUACACGUAUUACUUGACCAAAGUCCCUUAUUAUGGGUACUGGGUUUUGUAUUUGACAAUAUUGGCAGGGUCUUUAUGGUCCUGUAUUGGAUGUUAUGCUUAGAGCUGGGAAUAGGUGUGGUAGCCUAUCAGAUAGUAAGCAAAUCAAAAGCUUCCACUUCGGUCAGAAAAUCAUUUCACUUGUUGGCUGUAAUGGUAUACAUUCCUGGCCUGAUCAGUGAACCAAUGUUACUUUAUUUGGCUACUGGAUUAGUUAUGGCUCUAUUUUUGAUGCUAGAGCUCAUGAGAAUUUUAAACCUGCCACCGCUUGGUGAAGUUCUACAGCAGGGUUUUUCUGUGUUUGGUGAUGAAAAGGAUUUGUUCGUUUCUCUGACUCCGUUGUAUCUGCUAGCUGGGUUAUCCUUUCCACUAUGGUUACCAGCCAACAAUCUGACUUUUUUAUCUCUACUCAGUGGUAUAUUGACUAUCGGUGUAGGUGACACAGCUGCCAGCAUUGUUGGUAGUAAAUUUGGCACCCAUAAAUGGACAGGAUCACCAAAAUCCAUUGAAGGAACAAUUGCCUGUAUUUGCAGUCAGCUCAUUGUCAUAUAUGGCCUCACAUAUCUUGGAUUCCUUAGCGGUAUUUGGCUGUUGCUACGUGCCACGAUCGCUGUUGUUGGAGUAUCACUUGUUGAAGCAUGGACGGAUCAAGUGGAUAACCUGGCCUUACCAAUAUUGAUGUACCUUGCACUUGUACUUUGAAAAGUGAAAUUUGAUAUCACAUGUUUAGUUGAACACCCAGUUUACGCUGUCACUCAUAAAAAAUUCUGGAUUACAAAUGAAUGAAAACAGGAUGACUAAUUUCAUGAUUACAACGAAGUUACUUGAGUUGUCACUGAUAAAAGAAUAAUAGUCACUUGUUUAAAUAUAUCUUCUAACCAAAAUAUCUACCUGAUAUCUAUCUAACAUUGUGAAAUUAAUGUACAUGAUAUGCCAUGCGGGUAUAGUCACUGAACGAAUAUUUUGCUACUUGGGUGUUGCUCAUUUUGCAAAAUUCCAAUUAUUUCGUAGCUUGAAUGAAUAUAUUUAUGAUAUUUUUUGUCGACGAAUAAUAAGCUUUGAUAUUUCAAAGAAUCGACUUUACAUACAUACGACUUUGUAUACCAUAUAAUAUAAGAUAUGUACCUAAAUUACAUAUAACGUUUGUAAUGUUAUUUUAAGUGUUGUUACGUUUGAUCAUCUCUGUUGUGAAUUUUUCCUAACUAAGCUAUAAUACCGAUGAAUGUUGAAUCAGAGCUAUUUGGCUAAUUAUUGUUUACAUUGUAUUGCAAUGUCGUAUGCGUUUCCAUAAGUACGCUUUUCUAUUACCUUAUUCAUUGUAUCAAUAUACACAAGAUAUAUAUAUUUGAUAAGCGUUUGAAUAAAAUAUUUUUAUACGUGAACUAA